AUGUCACUGCUGUUUCUCCGUGUAUUUGUAAUAAUGUAUGGAGUAUUUCCUGACGUGGAAACUUCCGUUUACCACUAUUGUGACUCUACUUCGCAGUGUCUUGUAUCUCAUGGCAAUAAGUAUUGCUGUAGUGACAAGUUCAGUGAUGGAAGGCGAUGUAGCGAGAGCUGUCUCUGUGAUUCCGAUGAUGAUUGUGUUCCCCAAGAUUGUUGUGGAGAAUAUGGUAGCUGUAAAUCCCAAGGUUCCAGCUGCGCAAUGAAUUUUAAAAUUCCUUUGUCGCAAAUUGUUGGAAUAAUUUUUUCGAUAAUAGUGGUACUACUUAUUGCGUUUGCGUGUUACUGGCGAAGACAAGGACAAUGGUGCGAUAGGCGCCGAUCGAAUCGAAAUUCACAACAGGACACAGUGCGUUCAGGCAAUAAUCAUGAAAGAGGACAAAGAAUCUAUCAUGAAGUACCAACCCAGACACCAGUCGUCCCAAAUAAUGACUUGAGCGUGGCCCCAGAGGGAACACAAGAGCAAGUCUAUAAUCCACUCCCCUCUGUCAGCGAUAACAUCGAAUUGAAUUUACGAGUCCUACAUCUUGAUGUAGAGCUCGAUGAUGAUGAUGUCGAAGCCGAUACUCCCCCGCCAUCGUAUACUCUGAAUGAUCCAUUAUCUUCGAACGAGUUCGGUAUAAACAUUGCUGGUAAUCUGGAUAUACCACCGCCGCCAUAUUCAGUUGAUGAGCAGACUGUUUCCACAGAACCUAAUAAUGAUCCACCUCCGAACUAUCAAAUUACACAACUGUAG